AGGUUUUUGAAUGGCCGGUGGUUCUUGUUCGCUCAGAGAGUAAGCUGUUCGUUAUUUCAGAUGAAUUUUGUCGAUAUAUAGUUUGAACUGUUUAAACCGCUGGGGAAAACUAUAACGACCUCGCCCAGAACCACAGUCUAUUCAUUGAGCCCACAUAUCAAGCAUGGACUUCGUUCUUCAGCGUGAUGACAAAGGUCACGAUUGCUCCAGGAUUGCUUAUUCUCCCUCCGUACCAAUUGAGCUAAGACUUCCCUUCCGAGAAGCGAAGAACCACGGCGCGAAUCCCGCUUUGCGACACCCUGGAGCAUCAAAGUCAAAUGUUAUCGUGAAACGGUGCCUCAAAUUCAGACUUUCCUGGUGGUCCCGAAAGCAACAAUAACCGUCCGCUUUGCAACCACGCCUCGCCUGGGAGAUCACAUGCUACCGAGUUGAUUCUGUUGGCGGUUUAGUGCUUGGUGCGGGGUUUGGAUGGAUGAAUCAUUCGUGUGGGAGUUGGACACAGUUUACAGCAGCAAUGGCCACGGCGUUCAGAAAAAAAAAAAAAAAGACUACAGUCACUUGCAAGAAGAAGGUAGAUUUACUUGUGAAGCAAGAAUAAUUCUUGUAAAUGCCUAUCUUUUUAUUCAUUUGAAGGGAAUAUCGCCUCGGACA